GUCUGUGGUGCACAGACUGGAAUUCACCAUUUGUAUUUUGUAAAUGAAUAUUUUUGUUGCUUGCAAAAUUCGAGAAUACAAUAUUUAUGAGUUCACAUUGAAAGCAGAAUAUUUAUAAUGGCUUCAACAAGUACAGAUUCGCAGUCCACGAUCGCACAGAAAACAUGGGUAAUGGCAAACAAUAUAGAAACAUUAGCGAGUGUGGAUGAUAUUUAUCGUUACGAUAAGAAACAACAACAAGACAUCUUAGCGGCUAAACCAUGGGAAAAGGAUCCACAUUUCUUCAAAGACAUCAAAAUUUCAGCCCUGGCCUUGUUGAAAAUGGUUAUGCAUGCAAGAUCUGGAGGUACCUUGGAAGUUAUGGGCCUAUUAUUGGGCAAGGUGGAUGCAAACACAAUGCUUGUAAUGGACUCAUUCGCUCUGCCAGUUGAGGGCACAGAAACCAGAGUGAAUGCGCAGGCCCAGGCCUAUGAGUACAUGACAGCUUAUAUAGAGGCUGCUAAACAGGUUGGCAGACACGAGAACGCCAUUGGCUGGUACCACAGUCACCCAGGGUAUGGCUGCUGGCUGUCAGGCAUCGAUGUGUCCACUCAGAUGCUCAACCAGAAUUUCCAGGAGCCUUUUGUGGCUAUUGUCAUAGAUCCAGUCAGAACUAUCUCUGCCGGGAAAGUGUGUUUGGGCGCUUUUAGGACCUAUCCUAAGGGCUACAAACCAGCCAACGAAGAGCCCUCAGAAUACCAAACUAUACCAUUAAACAAGAUAGAAGACUUCGGAGUACACUGCAAGCAAUACUACUCUCUGGAGGUCUCAUACUUCAAGUCCUCUCUAGACCGGAGGCUGUUAGACUCCCUGUGGAACAAGUACUGGGUCAAUACAUUGUCUAGCUCCAGUCUGAUCACCAACGCAGACUACACCACGGGUCAGAUAUUCGAUCUGUCAGACAAGUUGGAGCAGAGCGAGGUGUGCUUAGGGCGCGGCGGCUUCAUCGUAGCCGGUACGGAUCAUCACGAGAAACGCACAGAGGACAAACUGGGCAAGGCGACGAAAGACGCAUGCAAGACCACUAUAGAAGUGAUCCACGGACUGAUGGCUCAGAUGAUCAAAGAUAGGCUUUUCAACAGCGUCAGCGGUAGGCCUUCUGCGUGCGCGCCCAUGAUCGAGUGAUCCCCAUGAUUUAGCAGGGAACAUAAAUAUUCAACAUCCCCACGCAGCGCCACGCGUGUUGGAUCAAAUCUAAUUUUAGUAUUAAUCAUUAUCAAAUGACGGCAUGCGCUAAUAAUUGAACAUAACAAAAUGUGAAAAAAAUGUAGGUUGGACAAAGCUGUAAAUGCCAGUUUUAAAUGUAAAAUCUGAUUCACUUAAACAAUACGCCUUGCCUGUGUAGCAUAUGGGACAUUCGCUCGCUUGCUCGUUUCACUUUAUGACAGUUAUCUCCCCGUAGGUCAAGCUUAAUGAAACCAAAAUUGCUAUGAAACCAAUUAUUAUUGAAAUAAUGAAAUCAUUCAAAUUGGUCCAAUCAAUGCGUGAACACCGACGAACAAUUCUUACACCUAUAAAGGGGUGAUUAUUGAACUUUUUUUUAACGUAUAACUAGGGUCGCGUGGCGUGUGGGGUAUUGAAAAUGUAAUUAUAACACUCAAAUUGCAGAAAUCCCAUAGUUUAAUUGUUAAUUACUUAUUUGUAUCCAAACGAACUAUUUUCAAAGUGUUUGGUUUUUGUAUAAACCAUAUCUGAUGUAUCAACACGACCACCUUUAAAAUGUCAUAAAAGAAUAAAUAAUAAAAAAAAAAUUGUG